GAUCAGCGACAGCUUGAUCCCAGGUCAGAGUCUCUAUGCUUUCUGGUCACGUCGUUGUUGAACAGCGAGACAGCCAAUCAAAUCAGCACUGUUUGGGCAUUCAUUUCAACCAACCUCGUUCAUUUGGAUGACGAUCUACCACUAGGAUGACUUCGCUGGGUCACUGGCCAAUCAAACAAAUCUGGCGAUCAAAGGAAUCGUAGGGAUCGGUGCCAUGGCCAAGAUCGAAGCGCUGCUGGGCAACUCAGCUCAGAGUGCCAACUACAGCGCAAGCCACCACACACUUAUCCCCGCACAUCCGUCUGAUCCACGUGUAGGCCAUUGCAACGAGCUAUGUUACGCAGUGGCAGAAGUUCGCCACGUCCACGACCGGUGCCCAUCUGACCCUCAGCGUGAGUGCCUUGCUGACCGUCGGCGCAUCGACUUGCUCAUCCGCUCUGUAGUAUGGCGACAAUGCUAGGUAACGAGCACUGUCACGCAUCUGGUCGCAGUCCACUAACCCCAUUGCAGCUGGGGCCUCGCCUACAACCUGUUUGGGGAUAAGCUUCUGGGCCUCAAUCUGUUCCCCGCUUCGGUGUACAACGAGCAGACGGCCUGGUACCAGAAUCACGCGAAUGCUUUUGGAGUGCCUCUUGAUACCCGGUGAGUGGCGUCCCCUCCAACGAAUAUCCGUCCACGCGCUACAUCACGGCACAGCCACACCUACACGAAAUCGUGAGUCAUCUGGGCCAGACUCUCUCGGAAUGAAAGUGAAACAUGAGGUAGGGAUUGGCAAUUGUGGACUGCGGCCGUCAUGACCUCGACCUCUGUGCGCGAUAUCUUCAUCAGCGCCGUCAAAAAGUGGGUGUCAGAUGGGCAAUACAAUGCGCCGUUUGGAGAUUCGUAUGACACAGUGACGGGCGCUGUUGCCGUUGGCUUCAAAGCGCGGCCGGUCGUGGGAGGACAUCUUGCCCUGCUCGUCGUUUAAGGUGUCCGUGUGUACCAUAGCGUAAUAUCCAGUACAACAAGACAUCUUCUAAGAUUGCUAACAAUACAAUAAGGAAGGUCGCAGAUCGGUCGCAGAUUUGAACAUGUGAAGUCGAAUACAAAAGAAGGUUUUUGGUUGGUUGGUUGGUCUACAAGUUGCGCAGAUCCCGCAGGAUCGUCGAGAAGUCCUCUUCGGUGUACCGCUUGUGAUUCCGCUCCCGCACCCAUUUGCGCGAGACAGGUGAGAUGGGCGAGGUCGUUUCGCGGCCGGGCUGCCAUGUGUAAUACGCCUCCUCGCUGGGUUCAUCCGAUGAAUCAUCAUCGUCCUCGCUGUCAGAAUGGCUGAACGUCAACUUGGGUGCCGCAGAUCCGCAGCUGUCCAACACGAUCUGGACAGAAUCUCCGAGCUGCCGCCGGAGCUUCAGCUUGCUCUGAUGUUGCGCGGUCCGGGGCGAAGGCGGCUCCGGGAUCUCAGCCAGGAUCCGAUCCCGCGAGGCCCUCAGGGACGACAUGCGCGGUGGCCCGCGUCUUGGGGGCGGCGGCGGCACGAACUGCGGCAUCGACGAGCGCGAGCCAGCCGCAGGGGGAGUCGGCGGCAGCGGGUCGGGCCGCGCGGGGGCGAUCGGGCUAUCCGGGACGCUAGGCAGCGGGCGGAACAGAGACGGCGAGGUGCUGCUGCUCGACGAGCGGCUGUGGAUGUGCCCUAGUGCGGUCGGGGGCGCCGAGUUGGGUGUCGCGGGGAUGCGGGGCAGGGGCCGGACCGUCUUUCCCAGACGCGCCGCGUCGGCCUCUGCUAGCUGGACGUCGAUCGUCAUCGGGGCCGGAGGGCGCAGGCUUCGCGCAUUUCGCGGGCGCGGGGGAAAGAAGGGCAGCUGCGGACAGACGAUGUCGCGCCCGUCGUCCGUGCACAGCGUCCGCCGCCGGCGAUUCGACGUCGGAGGAGUAGUGUGACUGCCAGAGUCGCUCGACCGGGUCCAGGGCGGCAUGGGU